UCAGAGCAAUAGCUGUCGCAAUGUCACAAACUCAUUUACUGUUUAAUUAAAAAUUUUUGUUAUAGUAAUUAAAUGAUAGAAGCACAAACAGAAUUUAACGAGAGUAUAAAUAAUAUUGCGCACACUUCAGAGUAAUUUAUAAACGCUAAUGGAUUGUCGAGUUCAUCAUGUACUCGCAAAGGCAAUAUUAUUUUUCUCGGUUGGCCAGGUCGCAUCCAAUACUCAAAUUCAUUAACGUUUAUGAUCGUCAGUCGUUUAUACGUGAAUAUAUUUUGGAUAACAUUUUUAUUUGCGUUUUUGCAUAUAUAUUUUUCUACGUUACUCUUUGGUACGCCAAUCGGGUUAUGAAGAGAAUUGAAAAAUCGAAUCAAGAAAUGCUGAUUACUGUUGAGGAAAAUAGAAAUAAAUUAGCGGAUGUGGUUGCUUUGAAAAAUAAACGACAAGAGUACGAAGAAGUGGUAAUGAAAGCCAAAGGAGCACAGAGAAUCACGGCACGGCAUUUAGAAAACGAAAUAAAGAAGAUAAAUUAUGAAUUGAUGAUAACGACCGACAAGUUGGAGGCUUUGGAGAGAAUUCUACAGAAAAUGAAUUUCAGCGUACAACUGGUGAAAAAUCGCGCAACAAGGUCUUCGAGCUUACACAGCAGGAAGGUGAAUGCACGGAAGGUUCGAACUUUGUCACAGACUCGCUUGAAAAUGUCAAGAUUAUGGAACCGUCAUUCCCGCCAACAACUCCUCCGCCACGGAAAUACGGUAUCUUUGUCCCUCGACCGAUUAAGGGACGCAGUUCACCUCCGAGAAUCGGAUUCAAGUAACAUUGCAUCUGCUGAAGUUUCUUCUGACUCAUCAUCACAUGACAAUCCACGCGACAAAGUAAGGAUAUCAAAACUAGUGGAGAAAAAAAAGAUCCCGUUGGACUUGACAUCACGAGUUGCUAAAUCAUUAUUGGCACCGAUAUUUCGUGGGACGAGGACUAUUAAAUCUUUAUUUUAGCCGAUAUACACUUUAAUGAAUUGCAAUGCU